UUAUGUUGGUACUGACAGCAAUCAAUAUUGUUUAUGCUGCUAUUGAUCUGAAAGCAGAGUCAUCAUACUGGAAAGCAUCCUUAGUUGGUCCUGUGAUUGAAGCAGCCACAAUUCUACUGGUGAUAUUCUAUAUUGCAUUGGAAAGACGCAAAGGUUUUGUGACGUCUGGUGUGCUUUUUAUUUAUUGGACAGUUGCUAUAUUAACCAAAAUCAUUCCAUUCUACACAAAGCUUCUAAAAAAGGAUAAAAAAGAAGAUACAAUAUUUCUAAAGAUCUAUGUAUAUUUUGGAUUUUGGCUUUGGGUAAUAGAAUUGAUUUUACAUAGUAUAGCAGAAAAGUUACACCAUAACAGGGAUGUGUGUCCAGAACAAAAGGCCUCAUUUUUAUCUAGAAUUACCUUUAACUGGAUAACAAGUUUAAUGAUACAAGGCUAUAAAAAACCUUUGAAUGAGGAUGAAAUGUUUAAGUUAAAUGAGAGAGACAUGUGCAAGGUGGCAUACCAAAGAUUUUUAAAGAAUUGGGAUAAAGAACGCAUUAGUGCCUCCAGGCUUGGCCAGUCAGGAUCAUCCCGUAGGUACAAUCUGCAAGAUGACAUGUCUGAGUCUACACCACUACUUGCUCCUAAGCCAGUGAUAAAAGAUCCAAGUACUAAAGAGAACAAACGAUCCUUGUUCAGAGCCCUUGCCAAAACCUUUGGUCUAGAACUACUGCAUGCACAUGUUUUCAAGUUGAUAUAUGAUAUAACUAUUUUCAUUUCACCUAUACUUCUGAGAUUUUUAAUUGCCUUUAGUAAAGGGUCAAAAGAAUCAGAUUCAACUGAAUUCUCACAACCAUGGAAAGGAUAUAUGCUAGCAGCAGGUUUCUUUGUGACUAUCCUCAUCCAGUCCAUAGCAUGCCAUCAACAGUUCUACUGGGGGAUGACCUUAGGAAUCAGGGUCAAGGCUGCAUUGAUGGCAGCAGUUUACAGAAAGGCACUGACAUUAACCAGUGGAGCAAGAAAAGAGUCAACUGUCGGUGAAAUUGUCAACUUGAUGUCCAUUGACACACAACAUGUCCAAGACAAUAUUAACUACCUGUGGGCCCUUUGGUCAUCACCGUUACAGAUUGGUUUAUGUUUAUACUUUCUCUAUCAGACUGUGGGAGCAUCAGCUUUUGCUGGAUUUGGAAUUCUUAUUUUACUUCUUCCAGUAAAUGGAGUUGUCAUGGGUAAAAUUCAUGGUCUUCAGGGAGAGCAGAUGAAACAGAAAGAUAAUCGUGUCAAAUUAUUAUCAGAAGUACUCAAUGGUAUAAAGAUCCUAAAAUUAUAUGCCUGGGAGAUGUCAUUUAAAGACAAGAUUGCUGCUAUCAGAAACAUAGAACUGACUAUACUUAAAAGGUCGUCAAUGCUUAGUAUGAUUUUCUGGUUCUCCUGGGGUGUAGCUCCUUAUCUGGUAUCCUUGGUAACUUUUGCUACCUUUGUGUUUCUAUCCAAAGAUCAUUAUCUUGAUGCUGAGACUGCUUUUGUUGCUAUUUCCUUGUUCAACAUUCUAAGAUUUGCCAUAAACUUUGCUCCUAUGGCUCUUACAGAAACUAUAAAGGCUAGUGUUUCAAUAAAAAGGUUGAAUAAGUUCUUAAGCCAUGAUGAAUUGGAUACUGACAAUGUAUUCCAUGAUUAUUCCAAAGAUGAUGCCAUACUUGUUGAGAAUGGAACAUUUAUGUGGGAUCCAGAUAUAGGAGAAUGUUUAAAGAAUAUAGACUUGUCUGUUCCAGAGAAAUCACUUGUAGCUAUCGUUGGACAAGUUGGAAGUGGUAAAUCCAGCUUAAUGUCUGCUAUAUUGGGUGACAUGACUAAAGUUAAAGGAACAGUCAAUGUAAAGGGAGCUGUGGGAUAUGUACCUCAGCAAGCCUGGAUACAGAACUGUACUUUACAAGAUAAUAUUUUAUUUGGUAAUGAUAUGGAGCAGGAUAAAUACCAUCAAGUGAUUGAUGCUUGUGCGUUACAGCCUGACCUUGACAUCCUACCUGCAGGAGAUAGCACGGAAAUAGGAGAAAAGGGUAUAAAUUUAAGUGGAGGACAGAAACAGCGUGUCAGUUUAGCCAGAGCUGUGUAUCAUGACACAGAUAUCUAUCUCCUUGACGACCCUCUCAGUGCUGUGGAUUCCAAUGUUGGUAAACAUAUCUUUGAUCAGGUCAUUGGUAAAGAUGGCCUUCUAAAAGAUAAGACAAGAGUUUUAGUGACUCAUGGAGUAAGAUGGCUGCCAUUUGUUGAUAAAAUAAUUGUAAUGAUGGACGGGUCAGUAUCAGAAUGUGGGUCAUACGAUGAACUUCUAUCACAUGAUGGAGCUUUUGCACAGUUCUUGAAGAUGUACCUCAUACAAACAGAGGAUGAGGAAGAAGAGGAUCCAGAUGUUAAAUAUUUGAAAGCACAGAAGGAAAUAAAAGCUAAGAUAUUACAAAGACUGACAUCAAUAACAUCCGAGGAUGAUGAAUCUGAUAAGGCUGUGCUGUCAGAAACAGAUGACAAAAAAAUCUUGAAAAGAUUAAUUUCAAAAGAUGUAGAGCAUCCUAAAAGCCCUGAAUUACAAAGACUCAAGUCUAAAGAAGAUGAAAUAAAACAGGAGGAGAAGAAAUCUACAGGAGACAAUAAGCUGAUUACAGAUGAAAAGAUGGAGGAAGGAAAUGUAAGACUAGGUGUGUUUGGUACCUAUGCUAGAGCACUAGGUGUACCAUACACAUGUAUCAUCUUGAUACUGUUUGCCAUGAAUCAAGCGACCUCUGUAUUUGGAAAUAUUUGGCUGAGUCAGUGGACAUCAGAUAAAACUCUGACCAACAGGUCACUAGAAUCUAACAGUACAGUAUACAGGGAGAGAAAUGACUACUAUUUAGGGGUAUAUGGUGGAACAGGAAUAGCUAUAGGAAUAUUUUUAUUGUCCUAUGUGACAUUAUUCAUGUUAAGAUCAGUGGCAGCUUCGAGAAAGCUCCACCAUGAAAUGUUACACAGUAUCAUCAGAGCACCAAUGUUUUUCUUUGAUACCACACCAAUUGGUAGAAUAGUGAACAGAUUCUCAGCAGAUAUUGAAACAAUAGACAACGAGUUGCCCUGGACAGUUCAGAUGUUUUGGGAUACUGCCUUUAUGGUUGUUGCUACAUUUGUUGUGAUAUCUUAUGGUACUCCUCUUUUCAUGACUGUGAUUGUACCAUUUGCAUUCUUCUAUUUUCUUGCUCAAAGAUUUUAUGUAGCCACAUCUAGACAGUUAAAAAGACUUCAGUCUAAGACGAGAUCACCCGUAUAUAAUCAUUUUGGAGAAACUGUCUCUGGGGCAAGUGUGAUCCGAGCUUACGGAGCGCAGGAAAGAUUCAUUGAAACUUCUGAUCAGAGAAUAGAUAUGAAUCAGAGAUUUAGUUAUGCCAGUAUAACUGCCAAUAGAUGGCUUGGAGUAAGACUGGAAUUCCUUGGUAACUUAACAGUAUUCUCUGCAGCCAUAUUUGCUGUUAUAUCUGUUAUAAAAGGGGACGGCAUCGAUGGAGCUAUUGUAGGUCUAUCCAUCUCAUAUGCCUUACAGAUUACAGAAAACUUAAAUUGGUUGGUAAGGAUGACUAGUGACCUGGAAACCAACAUUGUUUCUGUUGAAAGGGUUAAAGAAUAUACAGAAAUCCCUUCAGAGGCCAACCUUGUGACUAACUACAGACCAUCCCCUGACUGGCCACAGAAUGGUGUAGUAGAAUUUAAGAGAUAUUCUACCAGAUAUAGAGAUGGAUUAGAUCUUGUACUGAAAGGAAUCAAUACACAGAUUAAUGCUGGAGAAAAGGUUGGAAUAGUUGGUAGAACAGGGGCAGGUAAAUCUUCCCUAACAUUGGCACUGUUCCGCUUGAUUGAACCAGCCUCUGGGAGAAUUAUUGUUGAUGAAGAAAACCUGUAUAUCAUGGGUUUACAUGACUGCAGAUCGAAAUUAACAAUUCUACCUCAGGACCCUGUGUUGUUUUCUGGCAGCUUGAGAAUGAAUUUAGAUCCAAUGGAUGAAUACAAAGAGACAGACUUAUGGAAAGCUUUAGAACAUGCACAUCUUAAAGAAUUUGUACAAAAUCUACCUCAGAAACUGGAGUAUGACUGUGGGGAGGGAGGACUUAAUCUCAGUGUUGGUCAGAGACAAUUAAUUUGUUUAGCUAGAAGUCUAUUAAGGAAGACUAAGAUACUGGUACUUGAUGAGGCCACUGCAGCAGUUGACAUGGAAACUGAUGAUCUUAUCCAGCAGACGAUUAAACAAAAGUUUGCUGAUUGUACUGUUAUAACCAUAGCUCAUCGUUUGAAUACAGUCAUGGAUUAUGAUAGAAUCAUGGUCUUGGACAAGGGUGAAAUAAUGGAAUUUGAUUCUCCAAAUGAAUUGCUGAAGAACACUGAUGGACUGUUCUAUCAGUUAGCUAAAGACGCAGGAAUUGUGUAAGAAUUUAAAAAAAUUCUGAAAGAAAAAAAAGAGAUUAUGGUAAAGCUGAAUAAGAUGGUAUUGGUGAUUUACAAUUGUAUAAAUCACAAUGUGUAUUCUGUUGUCUAGUAGAUUUAUAUUUUUGAAGUAUUAGUGUUAAUGACAAAAAAAUAUCAAAUGUAAGAAAAGGGUCAUACAAGGAUGUCUAUAUAGAGUUGUUUGAUAUCUACUGUGUUAUAAAAGUCUUAUGCUAUAUCCUUGAUUAUGCUAUUUAGUUGUCAAUUUACUAAAAUCAAAAUCUCAGCCACAUACUUUUGGCCCAUUUCAAUAGAUCUGUUUAAAAAUAUUGUAUACCUAUAGAAUAGUUUUAUUUACUUUAUAAAUAUAUCUGCUUUCUAUAUCUGAUUUCUUUCAACUUGCAGCAUGCUUUUUGGGAUAUUUUGUAUGACAUAGAUUAUAUACUUUUAUAAAUGCAAUGCAAAAAAUUAUUUAGAACUGAUAGAUAAAUU